AUGGCACCCCUCAGCUGGCUGACCGCAGCUGGCAGGGUUCGCAGAUUCCUGGAAGUCAGCGCCAUUACCAUCUCGAACGUCUAUAAAUGCUUCAACGGCCUCGAACAGUUCAUGUUCGCACCUCCGGCAUUCCUGCGAGAACCGUGGUACAACUGCUUGGACGACUAUGAGGAUGUUGAACCUGAAAUGGUACAGGUCCCUGCAUGGCAAGCCUACUCUUAUGAUGUUGCCGCCAUCGCACAACCCCAGGAGGAAGCCGAGGAAGCCGAAGAUAGACUCGAGCUUGAACUUGGGGACCUCCAUACUCAAAACACUUUAGAGGACGAAGAACAACCAAUUGAUUCGCAAUUCGCUCCCAUCGGGUCCCAAUGUCACCGUUACAUCUCUGAGCACAAAGGCGGACCCCUCCUUCGAUUACCCACAGACGAGCCAGCCUACUUCUACCUCGUAACUACCUACCUCAGUUAUAUAAUUUUGAUCGUUGUUGGAAAAACGCGAGACUUUUUUGGAAAAAGGUUCUACCCUGAGCAAUACCGAGACUUUAAAGAACGAAACGGAUACGCUGCAUUAAACAGCGAUUUUGACAACUUUUUCUUCCGCAGGUUGAAAGCUAGGAUAGACGAUUGUUUCAUGAGACCAAUCACAGGUGUUCCGGGCCGUUAUAUCACACUCAUGGACCGUGUUUCUCACGACUACAACGCUACUUUUGAGUACACUGGUACCCAUACUACAACAUUGAAUUUAAGUUCUUACAAUUACCUCGGAUUCGCCCAAUCUUCCGGCCCUUGCGCAGAUGAUGUCCAUGCAUCCAUAUCUGCCUAUGGCAUUUCUUCUACAUCUCCUCGACUUGAAGCUGGCACCUCGGAUCUUACUAUAGAAGUAGAGCGCGAGAUAGCAAGAUUUGUCGGUAAGGAGGAUGCGAUGGUCUUUUCGAUGGGUUUCAGUACCAACGCUACCUCUUUCCCCGCUUUGGUGGGCCCCGGUUGUUUGAUCAUUUCAGAUGAGUUGAAUCAUGCAAGUAUCAGAGUCGGUGCGAAAUUGAGUGGCGCCUUCGUCACAAGCUAUAAACACAAUGAUAUGGAGAGCCUGGAGGCUCGCUUGAGGGAAGCAAUAUGUCAAGGACAACCAAAAAACCACAAGAUAUGGAAGAAGAUUUUGGUUGUAUGUGAAGGCUUGUUCUCUAUGGAAGGGACUAUUGCGGAUUUGCCGGGCUUGUGUCGCUUGAGGAGGAAAUACAAGUUCUACCUGUUUGUUGAUGAGGCCCAUUCAAUUGGAGCGCUUGGUCCGCGUGGUAGAGGUAUUUGUGACUACUUCAACAUCGACCCUGCUGAGGUUGAUAUUCUCAUGGGAACUCUCACCAAAUCAUUUGGUGCUAACGGUGGCUACGUGUCCGCCGAUAAAGCAACUAUUCAGAAACUCCGGGCUACCAACGCUGCGAUGCAUUAUGGCGAAUCUUCAGCUCCUCCUGUUCUCAUGCAAAUCCUUUCUUCCCUUCGUCAAAUCACAUCUACGACUGCAGGUCUCGAACGCUUACAACGUAUCACCUUUAAUUCUCGAUAUCUGCGUCUCGGAUUGAAGCGGUUGGGAUUUAUUGUUUACGGGCACGAUGAUUCUCCGGUGGUUCCAAUGAUGGUAUAUCACCCCGCAAAAGUAGCAGCGUUCUCUAGGGAAAUGUUGCAGAGAGGGAUUAGUGUCGUAAUUGCGGGUUAUCCAGCAACAACGAUCUUGACUGCAAGAGUCAGGUUUUGCGUUAGUGCAGCGCACAACAAGGAGGAUAUGAAUCGGGUACUAAAGGCUUGCGAUGAGAUUGGAGACAUAUUAGACUUGAAGUACAGCACGGGGAUCAUGGGUGGCAUUGAAACGCUGCCUGAAGGUAUGACAUUAGCCGACUGGCAGGAAGACGAGAGUACUCGAAGGGUUGUAGCACCGAGGUGGAAAUUGGAGGAUGUCCUUGCCUGCGGUGUACAAGAUGCAAAGCUUCAAUUAAGUCUGAUGGACGAUCCACUUCAACUGCUGCCGUAUGCAGUCCCUAUCGUGGUCGCCAUUCUUACCAUUCCCUCUAUAUGGCGAUUCGCCAGAAAUAUCCGUCGCGGAAAGGAUUCCAGCCUAGGUGAAAUAUAUGAGGAUAAAGAUGGAGUGGCUUCAAAAGAGACCGUCAGCAACUUCUCGGCUAGAAAACAAAUCAUCGUGAUCUCUCUUGCCGUUGGGCUUGGAUUGGCUGUGUCAUUUGCCUUCGCAGUCUUCGCCACUGCGUCCCCAUCGUCAACCUUCGACAACGUGACACAGCCAUGGCUCCUAUUUGGUGCAUGGGUUUUCAUGCUCAUACAGGUUGUGCUUGUUUCCAGAGAGAUCCGGCCUAUAUCCCGAUACGAGCUUGGAGUAUACAGCUCAAUCUCGCUAUUUCUUCUGACUAUCCUUGCUGCUUCUGUCUUGUCGACAGAAAUUCCCCAUGGUUAUGGGCGUAUUCCUUUCAUCUGCGCGCUUACAAUUCAGCUUUUGUCGUCGAUUGUGGCGGGCAUCACAUUUUUGUUCAUCAAAAGACGACCAGAUGUUUUCGCUCCAAAUGGCAAGGUUGUCGAACGUCAAUUUCAAAGUUCAAUUUGGGCCAGAUACUCGUAUAAUUGGAGUUCUGAUAUUCUGGAUCUUGCUGCCACAAAAUUGAUUGAUUUGUCGGAUUUGCCAGCGAUGGAUGCCCAUGUUAGGGCGCGGGAGGCAAAGCAGCAUUUUCGCUCAAUAUCCCCAGACUCAACAGUUUCGCUGUGGCGUCAGAUAUUCUGGGUCUUCCGAUGGAAACUUGUCUUCCAAUGGAUAUUGGUUAUUUUUUCGUCCAUCAUGGAUUCUGCCCCACAAUUUGCUACUCUCAAACUUUUGCAAUACCUUGAGAGACGUCAAAAAUCAGGUGUCGUGGAUCCAAAGGCCUGGUUAUGUGUCGGAUUUCUCCUAGUUGCGACAAUGGCGGGAAAUAUUGUUGACUAUCGUGUCAGCUGGUUGAUGUGGUCCGACCUUGGAGUUCCCAUCCGUUCAACACUAACUGCCCUCAUUUUCGAGAAAAUGAUGAAAGUGAAAGACUGCAAGGAGCCCCCCAAGAUGCCAGAAGGAGAAAAAGGCAGUAGUGAUGAUGCAACAAAACCUAGUAACGGCGCGAAAGCUGUCGCCUCCGAACAACCCACAAACGAGGCUACCAAAAAGGAAGCAGAGAAGAAGAAAAAGACAGAGCAAACUCAACAGGAUGUUAUCAAUAUGUUUGCGGUUGAUACCAACCAGGUCGGCGUAUUUGGAGCCAUCAAUCAGUUUUAUGUUAUGUUUACAUCGAAAUUCGUCGUCUCCAUUGUUUUCUUGUGGCUCCUCGUUGGAUGGGAGAGUAUGGGAGCUGGCAUGCUUGCCAUUAUUCUUUUCUUUCCUGUCAACAAAUGGCUUGCGGGACGAUACGGCUCGUAUCAGAAAUUACUGAUGAAAGCACGGGACAAGAAAACGAAAAUAUUAUCUGAAGCGCUUCGGGGAAUUAGACAGAUCAAGUUUUCGGGAAUGGAGCCGCAGUGGUUUGACAAGAUCAAUGGCGUUCGUGAGGAGGAGCUCGUGAUACUUUGGCAGACAAAGUUGAAUAACCUAUACAUGAGCUUUGGUGGAGACAUCGCCCCUAUAUUCUUGACAAUAUUUGCUCUGGCUACAUAUUCUUAUAUUCACGGAGACUUGUUGCCCUCGAUUGCUUUCACUGCUCUUAGUGUCUUCGGACAAUUGGAGGGUAUUCUCGGCAUGGUGCCUUUUCUUUUCAUGAUGGGUAUUAAUGCCAAGGUCUCGUGCGACCGGAUUGACGCAUACUUGAAGUCCGCCGAGAAACCUGAGAACUGUCAGCCAGGAGACCUAAUUUCUUUCCAGAACGUAUCGGUCAGUUUCCCGUCAAAGGCCAACAUUAAGAACGAGGACGAAGAAACAUCGAUAGAGCAGGAGAACAGAUUCGUACUCCGGGACAUCAAUUUGGAGUUCCCUGCAAACGGUUUGAGCGUUAUUUCAGGCCCUACGGGCUCGGGAAAAUCGUUGCUUCUUGCCGCUAUUCUCGGAGAAGUCGAUCUUUUGGCUGGCAGAAUUACAGUCCCUCGUCCACCACCGAUUGAUGAGAGGUUCGACAGUAAAGCCACUGCUGAGAACUGGUUGCUCCCUUCAGCAAUGGCAUUUGUUUCCCAGACACCAUGGAUUGAAAAUGCCAGCAUCAAAGAUAAUAUCCUGUUCGGGCUUCCAUACGAAGAGACACGGUACGAUAAAGUGAUUUCAGCUUGCGCUCUGGUGCAAGACCUUGAAAUGCUUGAUGAUGGUGACUUGACGGAAGUUGGAGCACAAGGCAUUAGUCUCAGUGGAGGCCAGAAAUGGCGUUUGACUCUCGCUCGAGCUUUCUACUCACGAGCUGGAAUACUCAUUCUAGACGAUGUCUUUUCUGCCCUUGACACUCAUGUCGGCAAACAUAUUUACGAAAAUGCGCUAAUGGGAGAGCUGUCUGAAGGGAGAACUAGAAUUCUCGUCACGCACCAUGUUGCGCUAUGUCUCCCAAGAGCGGAAUAUGUGGUACACCUGACUGCUGAAGGCAGCUUUGAUUAUGCUGGACUCGUGAAGGACGCCCGAGAGACUGGUACAUUUGAGACUAUACUUAAGGAUGAAGCCGUAGAGGAAGCAGAGGACGAUCUUGCCAAAGACCAGGAGGACUCCGCCGAGAGCAAUCACGAGACAAACGGCACCGCAACCCAAAAGCCAGUUCAUACGCCCAAAAAACUUGUUGAGGAUGAGAAACGUGAAACUGGACAGGUCAAACGCAGCGUCUACUUUGCAUAUCUUGGGGCAACCGGAGGGAUACCGUUCUGGGUAUUCAUAUUCAUCUUUUACGUCAUCGCCCAGGCCUUGACAUUAACCCGAUCAUAUUGGAUUAAAAUUUGGACUUCAAGUUACGAGCAUAACGAUCAAGUGACGCAAUGGGCAAACUCAUAUGGCUCACCAGCAACCAUGCAAAGAGCAUCUGUUCCGUCAGUUGGGUUCCUUGCAGGCGUCCCGGGUAACUUUGACGCCUUUUCAGCUUUCAACUUCAUCCCAAGGAGUGCCAUGUCUGAGACACCCCGAUACCUUGCAAGAUCUGCGAGUCCUCAAACACCAUUAUUGGUUCAAGGUGGUACAACAUCAGGUUUCUCAACAACCGCUCUUCCAAUCAAAGUAGAACAUCGAACGUUGGGCUUUUAUCUUGCAGGUUAUGUCAUCAUAUCAUUGGUUUCUACCGUGGUCGAUAUUGGGCGGUAUUAUUUUGUCUACCGAGGAUCUCUGAGAGCUUCACGAGAUGUUUUUCAAAAGAUGGCGUUUCGGAUACUGCGAACCCCCUUGAGAUGGUUAGAUACUGUGCCAACAGGACGGAUUCUGAAUCGGUUCACGGCAGACUUCCAGGCUAUGGAUACUCAACUUUCCAGCAACUUUGCACAGCUUAGUGCGUCAGUCCUCUCAAUUAUCGGCAUCAUGGUCGCCGCUGUCAUUGUAUCGCCAUAUAUCAUCAUCCUCGCUCUUCUGCUUCUUGUAAUAUGCGGCCAGAUUGCGCUUCGAUAUAUUCGUGGAGCUCGCUCUAUUAAGCGUCUUGAAUCGAUCCAGAAAUCUCCCAUGAUCUCCCACUUCAGCGCAUCUCUCGAAGGACUCAGUACGAUCCGAGCCUUUAAUAACACCAGAGCUUUCGAAUCAAAAAUGUAUGAACUCAUUGACUCAUUUACAACCGCAUCGUGGCAUAAUUGGUUGUUCAGUGCUUGGGUUGGCUUCCGUAUGGCCAUGGUUGGAUCACUCUUUUCCACCUGCGUCGCUGCCUUUAUUGUUUCAACAAACGGGGUUGAUGCGUCUCUAGCAGGAUUCGCUCUCGCUUUUGCUUUGUCGUUCCGUCGGACGGUGAAUCAAAGUCUCCGUCUUAUUGCUUCCACCGAACUGGAUAUGAACGCUGCUGAGCGUAUUUUCGAAUACUCGAAUAUCGAAAUCGAAGAUCAAGGAGGUGCCGAUGUUCGUGCUUCUUGGCCGGAAGAAGGUGAUCUAGUUGUCAAGGACCUAAAGGUUGGCUAUGCAGAUGGUCUGCCAUCGAUUUUGAAGGGUUUAAGUUUCCACGCAGAAAUGAAUCAACGAGUUGGCAUUGUUGGACGAACAGGAGCAGGAAAAUCCACAUUAUCAUUAGCACUCUUCCGCUUUCUCGCUGCCCGCGAAGGAAGCAUCUCUAUCGACGGCAUCGAUAUUUCCACCAUCAAGCUCCACGACCUACGUACCCGCCUAGCAGUUAUCCCCCAAGACCCUGUUCUUUUCUCAGGCACAAUCCGCUCGAACCUUGACCCCUUUGAUGAAUUCAGCGAUUUUGACCUCAAGGAAGCAUUGAAGAAAGUCCAUCUCAUCCCCUCUGCCAACAAUACACCCGUGCCAGAGCUUUCAGUCCCGGAGACAACGGUAGAGGGAAGCAGUAGUUCCUCCACCACAGCGGCAGAGCCUGUGCUGGAGAAUCGCAACAUCUUCCUGAACCUCUCGUCACCCAUAUCGUCAGGUGGAGAAAACCUCUCCCAAGGACAAAAGCAACUCCUGUGUCUAGCUCGUGCCAUUCUCUCACAUCCGAAAAUCCUACUUCUCGACGAAGCCACAAGUGCUGUUGAUAAAGACACCGACACUCUCAUUCAACGCAGCAUCCGAGAAGAGUUUUCCAAUACAACAUUGCUUGUCAUCGCGCAUAGACUGAGCACAGUAAUGGAUUUUGACAAGAUCCUCGUAAUGAACGACGGGGUGGCUGCUGAAUUUGGAAGUGCAAGAGAGUUGCUUCAGGUGGAAGAGGGGAUUUUCAAGACAAUGGUUGCGGAGAGUGGGGAGAGGGAAGAUUUGGAGAAGAUGGUAUAA